AGUCACGUCGGCCUGCAUUACCUCUCUUCGCCGCACGGUGGCGUUUAUAGCUGCAUUCCUGGCGAGCAGCGAGUGCAUCACGGAGACCUGCGCCUCCAAGCAGCGUGAGAUUCCCUCUCUCCCGCAUAACCGUCGCGAGCAGUCAUCUACAUCGGUGUCUCUCCUCUCUCUUCCUUCAUUACCACCUCUCGACCGUCCCAGCAUGCCUUCCAACCUGGAUUUACAAGGCGGAAAAGCCUUCGGGUUACUCAAAGCACAGCAGAGGGAGAAACUGGAGGAAAUCAAUAAGGAGUUUAUGGAAGAUCAGAAGUACAGGGAUGAAGAGGAUUUACCAGAGAAGUUGGAUUCUUUAAAAAAUAAAUAUGCUGAGUUUGACCUGAAUGAUCAGGGGGAGAUAGACAUGAUGGGCUUGAAGCGAAUGAUGGAGAAGUUGGGUGUGCCAAAGACUCAUCUGGAGAUGAAGAAAAUGAUCUCGGAGGUGACGGGAGGUUGCAGCGACACCAUCAACUACAGGGACUUUGUGAAAAUGAUGCUUGGCAAGCGAUCCGCUGUUCUCAAACUGGUUAUGAUGUUUGAAGACAAAGCUAACGGGGCCAGCUGUAAAGCCGGUGGACCCCCUCCCAAGCGUGACAUCACCAGCCUGCCAUAGACCAGUGGAGAUGGAUUUGAUUGACAUCCCUGCAUUCGCAAAUCCCGCCCAUUUAACAUUAGGGGCAAGGUUUCUAUAGCCUUACCUAGAAGCUUUUUGCCAAGAUCCAGGGAAAAUCUUAGUUCAUAGACAGAGAAAAUGAAGAAAAAAAAGGUGAAAGAUGUCUAUAUAUAUUUGCUGUGAAGAAGUCGAAGUGCAAAGUAGCUUUUUAUAAGUAAACAAAUGUAUAUAUUUAUAUGAAAAUUAUAUGUGUUUUUGAAUCGUGUUUACAAGCACAAAUCCUGUGGGUGAAGUACUAGUGAAGUUUAGUGUGUAACACUGCAAGUGUACUAAGUAUAGGGUGUACGGGAUGACACAAUUUUAGCUUGCAAGGCAGAAUUUAAGAAUUAAGAUUGAGAAUUAAGAUUUUUCGUCUUCCCCCAUAAUGUGUGAUCUUAUUUUUUCAUUUCAGUACGUUCGUGUUUGCCAUUCGAGUCGCUUGAAGAGUUCUUUUAACUUAUGCUUAACACCGAGUCCUAUAGUGUGACAUCAUAGAUGUGCGUGAGGUUCUUUUAAGAUUCAGUUAGUGCUCAGCCAUGAAAAAGCUUUUCAUUUAGCUUGAUCUGCUUCUAAAAGCAGGAUUUCCUUUGUAACAUUUCUGUACAGGAAGGCGCAGGGAGUGAGAACGCUGGGAUUUGAGUGAGGGAGAAGGCAAAAAGGGACGACCGUUUAUUACUCAAACUUUCUUUGCUCAUUCUCUCUGUCCCUUUUUUACUUUCCACAGUCUUCAGACUGUUUCUUUUUAACCUGUUUGUAUGCGUCCAAAUGAUCGUAAUCUAUAACCUUACUGUACCGUAUAAGCACAUUAACUGUUAAGUACACACAUAUUGUGCAGAUAUGCUUUGAAUCACAAUUUUAGGAUAUGCUUUUAUAAAUUCUCCUGCUUGAAUUGGAAAUGAUGUUGUAGGAAAGAUGUGUCGCUGAUCGUCACUUUUUAGAUCCGCAGCAGGGUUGAUUUUAGUCACUAUAGCCGAUUAGUUUGAAUCCCCUCUUUCCAAGUGCCUCACUCAGUUUGAUGUAGCAGAGGUUUUGAGUGGUGAUUGAGUGAAGCAUCUUUGAAACAGAUUUUGUGUGUGUGUGUGUGUGUGUGCGCGCGUGUGCUUGGAAUUUAUAUUCUGUUGAGUCGUAUUCUGAGACAUUCCAAGAAUGUCGUUGUGUGGUGGAGUCCUUGGAAAUGUUGUCAUGUUUUAACCCAAGCAGACUUACAUGUUGUGCAGCUCUGAUGCGAAUAUUCCAGUAGUGCUUUUGUCCUUUUUUUAAUUUUACACUGUCCUCAUCAAGUUUUCUUUCUAUAAGAUGUGCUACGUAUGGAAAACAAAAUUAUCUCAUGAUGAGUUUUUUUUUUUUUUUUUAAGAUUAAGAUGAUGAAAUUACAUCACUCGGCAGUAGCAGGUGUGGCUUUCACUUCCAUUUCAGACUUCAUCUGCAAACUAAGCAA